CGCCUCCUUCUUCCCCUCCUUCUCUCCCCUCCCUCCUUCCCUUCUUCUUUCCAGUGAGAGAGAGAGAGAGAUUGAGAGAGAGGAUGCGCCUCGGUUGAAGCGUCGGAAGGCGAGGAAGUUUGAGCCCCGAGACCGGGUGGGAGCGAGGAAGGAAGGAAGGAAAGAGGAGGAGGAGGAGGAGGAGAGGAAGAAGAGGAGGACGCGGGACAGCGAGAGAGAGAGAGAGAGAGAGAGCCCAGUCUCGCCUUCCUGCCUGCCUGCCUCUCUCUCUCUCUCUGUGUGUUUGCGUCUCUCUCUCUUUCUCUGGCGGUGGCGGCAGGCAGGAGCCCUUCCUCCGGCCCGGCCGGGCUCUCCCUCCUCCUCCUCCUCCUCCUCCUCCUCCCGAUGCCCCUCCGGACAGGAUCGCCUUGAGGGCAAGACGCGGAGGGAGAGAAGAAGAAGAAGAAGAAGGAAGGAAGGAAGGAAGGAAGGAAGGAAAGAAGGAGAGAAGAUGGGCCGCCCCCAGCCCGCGCUGCCCCCGACGCUGCUGCUGCUUCUGGCCGGGAUGCUGGGCGAGGCCGGGGCAGGCUUCCCCAACACCAUCAGCAUCGGAGGACUUUUCAUGCGAAACACAGUCCAGGAGCACAGCGCGUUCCGUUUUGCUGUACAGUUAUACAACACCAACCAAAAUUUCACAGAGAAACCUUUCCACUUGAACUACCACGUGGACCACCUGGAUUCUUCCAACAGUUUUUCCGUCACAAAUGCAUUCUGUUCACAGUUCUCCAGGGGAGUCUAUGCCAUCUUUGGAUUCUAUGACCAGAUGUCGAUGAACACCUUGACGUCGUUCUGCGGGGCGCUGCACACCUCUUUCAUCACCCCCAGCUUCCCGACUGACGCCGACGUCCAGUUCGUCAUCCAAAUGCGGCCGGCCCUGAAAGGAGCCAUCCUGAGCCUUCUCACCUAUUACAACUGGGAGAAGUUUGUGUACCUAUAUGACACAGAAAGAGGAUUUUCCAUCCUUCAGGCAAUUAUGGAAGCUGCCGUACAAAAUAAUUGGCAAGUGACAGCCCGGUCUAUGGGAAGCAUCAAGGACAUCCAGGAGUUUAAGGCCAUCAUUGAGGAAAUGGACAAGCGGCAGGAGAAAAGAUACUUGAUAGACUGCGAAGUAGAGAGAAUAAAUACCAUUUUGGAACAGGUUGCCAUCCUCAAUAAAAAUUCUAGAAGUUAUCAUUACAUGCUUGCAAACCUGGGUUUUACAGACAUUUCCCUGGACAAAGUGGUGCAAGGAGGUGCAAACGUCACUGGAUUCCAGAUCGUAAAUACCGAAAACCCAAUGGUCCAGCAAUUUAUGCAGCGCUGGGUGAGACUCGACGAACGGGAAUUCCCGGAAGCCAAAAAUUCUCCACUAAAGUACACAUCCGCGUUGACCCACGAUGCCAUCCUCGUCAUCGCGGAAGCCUUCCGGUAUCUGCGAAGGCAGCGAGUCGACGUCUCCCGGAGAGGCAGCGCUGGAGACUGCUUGGCAAACCCAGCCGUGCCUUGGAGCCAAGGAAUCGAUAUAGAAAGAGCACUGAAAAUGGUUCAAGUGCAAGGAAUGACAGGCAACAUCCAGUUUGACACCUACGGUCGUAGAACUAAUUAUACAAUCGAUGUGUACGAGAUGAGACCUGGCGGGCCACGGAAGGCUGGUUACUGGAAUGAGUAUGAGAGAUUUGUGCCUGCAGUGGACCCCUCUGUCUCCAAUGAUACCUCCUCAGUUGAAAAUAGGACCAUCGUCGUCACUACUAUCCUGGAAGCACCCUAUGUGAUGCGCAAGCAGAGCCCCGAUCAAAAGGAAGGGAAUGAGAAGUACGAAGGCUACUGUGUCGAUCUGGCGUACGAGAUCGCGAAACACGUCGGGAUAAAAUAUGUGCUGUCCAUUGUUCCUGAUGGGAAGUAUGGGGCAAGGGAUCCUGACACUAAAAUGUGGAAUGGCAUGGUGGGUGAGCUGGUCUAUGGGAGAGCAGACAUAGCUGUUGCCCCACUGACCAUAACCUUGGUCCGAGAAGAAGUCAUUGACUUUUCCAAGCCCUUUAUGAGCCUGGGCAUCUCUAUCAUGAUCAAAAAGCCACAGAAAUCUAAGCCGGGUGUCUUCUCCUUCCUGGACCCUUUGGCCUAUGAGAUUUGGAUGUGUAUAGUCUUUGCGUACAUUGGCGUCAGCGUGGUCCUCUUCCUAGUCAGCCGGUUCAGCCCUUACGAGUGGCAUUUAGAAGACAACCAAGAGGAGCCGCGAGACCCUCAAAAUCCUCCCGACCCUCCAAAUGAGUUUGGAAUAUUUAACAGCCUUUGGUUUUCCCUGGGUGCCUUUAUGCAGCAAGGAUGCGAUAUUUCUCCAAGAUCUCUCUCAGGGCGAAUUGUCGGAGGCGUCUGGUGGUUCUUCACCCUCAUCAUUAUCUCCUCCUACACUGCCAACCUCGCGGCCUUCCUGACGGUGGAAAGGAUGGUGUCUCCCAUAGAAAGUGCCGAAGACUUGGCUAAGCAGACUGAAAUUGCCUACGGAACUUUGGACUCAGGAUCAACCAAAGAAUUUUUUAGAAGAUCCAAAAUAGCCGUCUAUGAGAAAAUGUGGUCAUACAUGAAGUCGGCCGAGCCGUCUGUCUUUGCCAAAACCACGGCGGACGGAGUGGCGCGCGUGAGGAAAUCAAAGGGGAAGUUUGCCUUCCUGCUCGAAUCGACCAUGAAUGAGUACAUUGAACAACGAAAGCCCUGUGACACAAUGAAAGUUGGUGGGAACCUGGAUUCCAAAGGCUAUGGUGUAGCAACUCCCAAAGGCUCAGCAUUAAGAACUCCUGUAAACCUUGCAGUAUUGAAACUCAGUGAACAAGGCAUCUUAGACAAGCUGAAAAACAAAUGGUGGUACGAUAAGGGUGAAUGUGGAGCCAAGGACUCCGGAAGUAAGGACAAGACGAGCGCCCUAAGCCUGAGCAACGUGGCGGGGGUUUUCUAUAUCCUCGUCGGCGGUCUCGGGCUGGCCAUGACGGUGGCCUUGAUAGAGUUCUGUUACAAGUCCCGCGCCGAGUCCAAACGAAUGAAACUCACAAAGAACACACAAAACUUUAAGCCCGCUCCUGCGCCCAAUACCCAGAAUUACGCCACGUACAGAGAAGGCUACAACGUGUACGGAACAGAAAGUGUUAAGAUCUAGUGGUACGGCUGAAGAUCCCGCCCGGAACGACGGCAUGCAACGGGAGGAGCCACCGAGAUCCCAGCCACCACUUCAGCGACUUCUGACCACCUGAGCCAAUUUCCUUCCCUCCUGGGCGUCGGACCCGACCCGUUCAAGACGACGAUGGUGCAAUGAACUUUUCAUAGGAUUUUUCUUUUCCUUCAGUGCCUUAUGGGGAGAUUCUUAAGACUCAAAAACAAUGCAAACCAUCAAAAAAACAAACAAACAAACAAGUAUUCUUGCUUUGCUUGAAAACUAAACGACGACGACAACGGGAAAGCGGGACUGGUAACCGGACGGUGUUCUCAUCCGCGGAAAGAGACGAGAGCGGAGUCUUCUUGUAAAGAUAAUUUUAACGAAACGUCAACAGAAGCCAUUCUUUGAUACCACUGCACAGUAUAUGGACUCAACUCUUUUGAAACCGAAGCAGAGGGUCCUCAAGUGCCCCUUUCCCUCAUUAGCAAAAGAUUGAGCUGUUCUUGACAUUAUGCCUCAGAAAUGCUACAGCUUAUAUUUCUAGAACAGCGCGUUGCCUAAUUCUGUGUUUUCCUCUUGUACGACUUCAUUUCCUUCCCGAUUCUCCUAGAGCCUGCCUCAUCUUAAGAAAAUGCAUAUAUCAAACCAAACAACUGAAUGUAACAUACAAAAAAGGGGGCAAAAGGAGGCAGAGGUGUCGACAGAUUAAAAUAAAAUAACAUAUGUCCGAAGAUUAAGCUGUCAGGGAAGGAUAUUGUGUUCUUCACGAAGAGCCACACACAAGGCAGGCCAGGAUUUAUACCCAUUCUCUUCUAUCAUCUGCAAGUGCUUUUUUUAAAACAACUACCACUGAAUUUAGGUUUCCUGCCAUAUAUUAUCUAGGGAUGUACGCUUAUAUAUAUAUAUUUUGUUAGCAUUUAACAUCCAACCCUAAAAACGAGAGAAUUAAUAAUAUAAUAAUACACUCAGAACAGAUUAUAGGUAUGUAUAUGGCGAACUUUCAAUGCCGUUAUACAGUUGACAAAGACAGACAGACAGUACACAAACAGAGGCAAGGCUUCCUGCUUUUUCCAUCUCUGGCAUCUGGAGGGUGAGCUCGACUCGGCCAGGGGGAAGUUCUGUUGUUUCAUUUUCCACACCGUCCUGAUCGAACCACCGGCAUGUUUUUCAGGGCGCCUUUUACCUCCCCGCCAAAGCGGUACCUAUUUAUCUGCUCACAUUGCUGUUUUCGAACUGCUGGGUAAGCAGAAGCUAGCGUUGACAGUGGGAGCUCACCCUGACCUGUGGCUUGAAAUGCCCACUUUCCGGUCGGCAAGAUCUUCUAUAUCUGGCGGUUUAACCCACUGUGCUAGCCGCAACCCCUACCGUUGAUAUUUAAUUGAUAAGAACACAACGUAUUUGGAGUUUAGGUUUCCUGCCAAAUAUUAUUUAAGGAUGUGCACUUGUAUUUUUUUUUGUUUAGCAUUUAACAUCCAAUUCUAAAAGCAAGAGAAUGAAUAAUAUAAUAAUAUACUUUAUUUAUAUUCCGCUCUAUCUCUCCAUGGGGAUUCGGAGCGGAUUACAGGUGCAUAUAUGGCAAACAUUCAAUGCUGUUCUGCAAUUGACAAAGACAGACAGACAGUAACACAAACAGAGGCAAGGCUUCCAGGGAUGUGUGCUUGUAUUAUUUUUUUGUUAGCAUUUAACAUCCAAUUCUAAAAGCAAGAGAAUGAAUAAUAUAAUAAUAUAUUCUGCUCUAUCUCUCCAUGGGGAUUUGGAGCGGAUUACAGGUGCAUAUAUGGCAAACAUUCAAUGCUGUUCUGCAAUUGACAAAAACAGACAGGCAGCAACACAAACAGAGGCAAGGCUUCCAGGGAUGUGUGCUUGUAUUUUUUUUGUUUUGUUAGCAUUUAACAUCCAAUUCUAAAAGCAAGAGAAUUGGGAAAGUGUUUACCCCCAUCAUACGAUAUCAUAAAAUCCUACCACUUUUAAAUUUUCCCUUUAUUUCCUUAUAAUAAUUUUAAAAAAACAAUCUAACACUGUGCUGUGAUGAAGCUUUGCGGCUUCGGAAAAGUCGAACGGGACAGUAUCUCACACGAGACCCAAGUCGGUCCGGCUUAUGACGAAACGCUCUCGCAUUACUGGUAGUAGUUACUGUAUUUUCUCAGCUGCUCUCGGUCAUCAUUUCAUCACGACUUAUUUAAAAAACCAGAAUAAGGAUACUUAGGGGCCAUAUUUACUUUCGUAAGGAAUAUAACGCAUUCCAAAAUAUGCCUAUUGAGAAAGAGACUCUGCUGUCAUUACCGCCUUACAGCUUUCGAGAUGUCAGAAGAGACCCUUCUUCGGAGAACGGAUAUUCCCCGAUUCGAGCAUCUCUUAGCGAAAUCCAUCUCAAGCCAGGAAAAGAUUUCUGGGUCUAGAAUAUUAAAUAAAUCCCAAGCUGGAAAGGAAUUCUGAGCCUGGAAAAUGUAAUAAACUUGAAGCCGAGGAAGAUUUCCGAACAGUCAGAGCUAGAUACACUAGGCGUAGUUGGACCAACUGUCUGAAACCAUACAGUAGCUUCUUAUACCCAUAGCUGCGUUUUUACUAUUUGAAAAAAAAUCCCAUCAUCAUUUAUGAAAUAGCUUAAAAAAUACAAAAUAAAGGCAUCAUCUACAUACUAAUUAUUACCUCUCUAAUACGACGAUAUGUGCAAUUUGGUAGUUCAGCAAGGUUUCAUUUCAUCAAUAACAUACUGGAUAAUAUUAAGACAAAAAAACUGAAAAAAAUAAUGAUAAUAAUAUAUAUUUUUCUUUAAAAUUAAAAAAAAUUUGAAAGAGGUCACCGAGGAUAUAUUUGAUAGCUCAUCAAAACUAAAGCAUAUAAAAGUCACCGAGGAUAUAUUUGAUAGUUCAUUAAAUCAAAGCAUAUAACAUAGAAAUCAAAAAGGAAAGAAAUACAUACGACAUUUCCACCCAACGUAACAUUAAAAAAAGUAAGAUUUCACCUAUCUAUAGAACUAAAGUUGCUGCUCAUGUUUUUACAGAGACGUUAAGCAAAAAGAAAACUGUUCUUUUUCCUGAAACUGUGAUUUUAAAAUUUCUGAAUGCUACGAUAUUUCAGCAGAAGGAAAUGUGAAGCUGUGCAAAACAUGUUGUACGUAUUUAAGUAAAAAAAGAAAACGGGGGGAAAAAGAGACAUUUUCUUAGAAGCUGUAUAAAAAGAAAUGUAUGUUUACCAAAUGAAAAUAAUUUUUUCAGAGUGAAGGCUUCGUGCCGGUGAAGGGUUUGGUAAAUGGGUUGCUAUUUUUUAAAAUGUGCAUGUGAAUUAAAGACAAAUGUCAAUUGCUUAAAUACAAAACCCACCCAGUCCUGCUCCUAACUUCAGGCUAUGGAAGAAGUCUGGCAGCAACCAUUUAAGACUCUAUUUUUAUUCUGUUUUUCCUCCUUAUUUUCUUUCUAACACAAACUCCAGCAAACCUUUUUUUGAGAUGAUUUCUUUAUUGGUUGUUAAAACUGCACUUCAGUGAACAGAAGAAGAAAAAAACAAACAACUUGCCAAGCAAACUCAUGGCUGGCUGUCAAAGUGUAAAACUGCAUGUGUGGACAUAAAUUCCUGAGCCUCAUUUGAAUGAGGUCUUGUACAAAGAGUUUUAAUACAUUUUGUAAAUAAAAUUGUAAAGAAAAUAAAAUAAAAAAUCAUGAUUCUGA